GGCUGCUGCCACCGCAAUCCCGACUCCUAAAUCAGCGAGAGGAGGCGCGCCCUCCCCCACCCCGCUCCCCGUGCUCCCCUGGCCGCGAUUGGCCGCGCGGUCGCCCCCCACCCACGGGCCCCGAGCUCCAGCCGCGGCGCCAUUGGCUGCGGGGCUCCGCCAGCCUUUACAUAAGCCCGGGCGCGCUCGAGUGGAGUUGUAUAAAGCGGGCGAGCGGCGUCGGGGCGGGAGGCUCGAGGCCAGCCCGGGACCGGGGCUGGGAGCUGGAAGGCGGCGGCGACAGAGGCGGCAGCGAACGCCCGCGCUCCGACGCCCCGAGGCGGUGGGGCUGCGAGAGCCCGAAGAUGACUCCCCGUGCUGACCCCGGCAUGUUCAGGAUGUUUCUGUUCCUGCUACUGCUGUGGUUUCUGCCCCCCACUGAGGGGUCCCAGCGAGCUGAACCCAUGUUCACAGCAGUCACCAACUCGGUUCUGCCCCCUGACUAUGACAGCAACCCCACGCAGCUCAACUAUGGUGUGGCAGUAACGGACGUGGACCAUGACGGGGACUUUGAGAUCGUGGUGGCAGGGUACAAUGGCCCCAACCUGGUCCUGAAGUAUGACCGGGCCCAGAAGCGGCUAGUGAACAUCGCGGUGGACAAGCGCAGCUCCCCCUACUACGCGCUGCGUGACCGGCAGGGCAACGCUAUCGGGGUCACAGCCUGUGACAUCGACGGGGAUGGCCGUGAGGAGAUCUACUUCCUCAACACCAACAAUGCCUUCUCAGGGGUGGCCACGUACACGGACAAGUUGUUCAAGUUCCGCAAUAGCAGGUGGGAAGAUGUCCUUAGCGAUGAGGUCAACGUGGCCCGCGGCGUGGCCAGCCUCUUUGCCGGGCGCUCUGUGGCCUGUGUGGACAGGACGGGCUCUGGACGCUACUCUAUCUACAUUGCCAAUUAUGCCUAUGGUAACGUGGGCCCUGAUGCCCUCAUUGAAAUGGACCCCGAGGCCAGUGACCUGUCUCGGGGCAUUCUGGCACUCAGAGAUGUGGCUGCUGAGGCUGGGGUCAGCAAGUAUACAGGGGGCCGGGGUGUCAGCGUGGGCCCCAUCCUCAGCAGCAGCGCCUCGGAUAUCUUCUGUGACAACGAGAACGGGCCCAACUUCCUCUUCCAUAACCGGGGCGAUGGCACCUUUGUGGACGCAGCUGCCAGUGCUGGUGUGGACGACCCCCACCAGCAUGGACGAGGUGUCGCCCUGGCGGACUUCAACCGUGACGGCAAAGUGGACAUUGUCUAUGGCAACUGGAACGGGCCCCACCGCCUCUAUCUGCAGAUGAGUGCCCACGGGAAGGUCCGCUUCCGGGACAUCGCCUCACCCAAGUUCUCCAUGCCCUCUCCUGUCCGCACAGUCAUCGCCGCCGACUUCGACAAUGAUCAGGAGCUAGAGAUCUUCUUCAACAACUUCGCCCACCGAAGCUCCUCAGCCAACCGCCUCUUCCGGGUCAUCCGCAGGGAGCACGGUGACCCCCUCAUUGAGGAGCUCAAUCCUGGCGAUGCCUUGGAGCCUGAGGGCCGGGGCACAGGGGGUGUGGUGACAGACUUUGAUGGAGAUGGGAUGCUGGACCUCAUCUUGUCCCACGGAGAAUCCAUGGCUCAGCCGCUGUCUGUCGUCCGGGGGAAUCAGGGCUUCAGCAACAACUGGCUCCGAGUGGUGCCACGGACCCGGUUCGGGGCCUUCGCCAGGGGGGCAAAGGUGGUGCUCUACACCAAGAAGAGCGGGGCCCACCUGCGGAUCAUCGACGGGGGCUCAGGCUACCUGUGCGAGAUGGAGCCCGUGGCUCACUUCGGCCUGGGGAAGGAUGAAGCCAGCAGCGUGGAGGUGACAUGGCCAGAUGGCACGAUGACGAGCCAGAACGUGGCCAGCGGGGAGAUGAACUCGGUGCUAGAGAUCCCCUACCCCCGGGACGAGGACAGACUUCAGGACCCGGCCCCGCUGGAGUGCGGCCAGGGAUUCUCCCAGCAGGAAAGUGGCCAUUGCAAGGACACCAAUGAAUGCAUCCAGUUCCCAUUCGUGUGCCCUCGAGACAAGCCUGUGUGUGUCAACACAUAUGGAAGCUACAGAUGUCGAACCAACAAGAGGUGCAGUCGGGGUUACGAGCCCAACGAGGAUGGCACAGCCUGUGUGGGGACUCUCGGCCAGUCACCGGGCCCCCGCGCCCCCGCCCCCACCCCCGCUGCUGCCGCUGCCGCUGCUGCUGCCGCUGCUGGAGCUGCCGCUGCUGCACCGGUCCUCGUAGAUGGAGAUCUCGAUCUGGGGCCGCGCUAAGGAGGGCUGCCGGCUGCCCGCAGGGCGGGCAGGACCUUUGAUGGAAGCCAGCUGGGGAGCAGGAGGCCGAGCUCGUCCUGCUCCCCAGGCAGUAGGAACCGGGAGGCCCGGGGAGCUGCAGCCCAAGCCCA